UUUCAUCUGUCUCUCUCCCCCUCUCACACUCUCAGUUGCUGCGCUGACGGAUGGGGAUACACUGCCAAAGGAGGACUUAGGGGCGAGAAGAGAAGUGUUUCUUUUCUUCCCUGGUGUGUUUUCUUUUCUCUUCCGCCUGGCUUCCCCUCAUGAGCUGUUAAUUCCAGCCCCGGUUACCGAGGAUGAGGAGGAUCUAUUUGUGAGGAAGGGCGCAACAAAGGAAGAGGGGAAACAAGGAGCAACAGGGUGGUACAUUUUGCCAGUGAGCAAAAAGACCUUUCCUUUUCCUCCAGGCUCGUGCAAAGGAGUCCUGACUCCCAGCAGCAGCAGCCAUGUGAGAGGAGCUGUCAACAAGCAAAGGAUGCCCACGCCCAGCUAAAGCAGAGCCGCCCCCCCCAUCCAUCCCCUCUGCUCCCUCCCUUCUUCACACAUGAGGACGAGAAGAUGACUAUCACCAGCCGGCAGUCCUUCAAUGUCCUGACGGUCAUCUUCCUCCUGCUGUCCACUGCAGCGCUCUCAGCUCAUUACCGAGUGUGUGAACCGUACUCCGACAACAAGGGGCGUUACCACUUCGGCUUUCACUGCCCACGCCUCUCAGACAACAACAAGACCUACAUGUUCUGCUGCUACCACAACAACACCGCCUUCAAAUACUGCUGCAACGAGAGCGAGUUCCAGGUGGUCAUGCAGGUCAACCUCACCACCACCUCAGACGGUUACGCACACAAUAAUUACACAGCCCUGGUCGGCGUGUGGAUCUACGGCUUCUUCGUGAUGGUGCUGCUGGCGCUGGACUUUCUCUACUACUCUGCCAUAAACUAUGAGCUGUGCCGGGUGUACCUGGAGAAAUGGGGUCUGGGCGGGCGCUGGCUGAAGAAGGCUCGCAGUCAGUGGCACAGGUCCAUGCCGGAGGAGAGCGAGGCCCCGGCUCAAGCCCCCCCCACCGUCUCCAGCCACUACCAGCCCAGAAACAGCCUGAGAGGGGAGAGCCACAGCCCCACACUGCUGCCCUACAACACAUCCACCGCAUGAACGAUGCUGCAGUGGACAAACUGAAGAGUAGCAACACCUUGUUUCGUUUGAUGGUACAGAGGAGACGCCCCCCCCCCCCCCCGAUGCCCCCUCUCUGGACCACAGACUCAACACCAGUGGUGGAUUAGCCAUACUGUAGUAGGAAGAAGUGACUGCUGCCCUUUUCUAAUGAGCACAAACCCCCCUUGGACUGACAGACUGAUAUGGCAGUAAGAAACUCAGCUGAACAGAAGCUGCCGGAGACACAGAGGACCAUACUGCUGCUGCCAUAGCAGAGGAGCGACACAUUGAAAUGCUCACAGGUGUUCAGUGAUCCCCUGAAAAGGCUGCCAAAGCCUGGAGCAUCUCCAACAGAUCCGAGCUGAACUGGAUCAACUGUACCCACAUGAAGCGAGGAGCUCAUCUUUCUAAAUAUAACAUGUUUAUUACACUGCUGUGUCAGUUUGUGUUCAGUAGCAGUUAGACACGAUGUGGGUUAUCUAUUUGGUGAUUUAUUUAUGUGAAGUAGUCAGAGAAAUAUAUGAGUGGUUGACAUUCGGGAACAUGUAACAGCUUAGGUUGAUGCUGAGCAUCUCACUUAGAGUAGAGUGUUUUUGUUACUUACUGAAACUAGACACAAAAUGUCUCUGCAGCCAUGUUGAAAAACAAUAUCUUGUAUGAAGUGUUCUCUCUAUAUUGUAACGUGUCUGACAAGGACACAAGGCCAUACAGAUAAACUGUUGUAGAUCUAAAGGUUUUACAUUAGGUCAUCAAUAUUUCUCUUUUUCGGUUUGUGAUGCUGAGGAAAGGGAUGUCCACUCUCAAUAAGUUAUUCAUCCAAACAAUGAAUGAGGAUCAGGGAUGCCUUUACAACAGCAAAGAGCUUCAUGCUAAGUUAAACAUGAAUCCUUGGCUAUGAGCCUACAGACCCAUUUGAGAGCAUUACUUAGUUAGUGUGAGACAGUCGCCUCUGGAAACUCAUCCAUUGACUUGUUUGCCCUUCCUCAUUACCGGAGCUGCCUGAAAAACAGCUCCAUUAGCAAUAUGAUGCAAAUGAAUAUCCAUUUGGUUCCAUUAUAAGGAGAGCUCUUUAUCCCACACUGGUAAAUAGACAAUUGUAAGCGCUUAGCCAUAAUAAAACAAAUGUAAAAAACCCAUUAAAACCCCUUUCACUGUCAGCAAUAAUGUACAGUAUGUUAAUCAGAAGAAUGACAUGGUGUGUAAAAGUCAGAGGCGCCCGUCCAAAUGAGCGCUGGGUAAUCAUUGAGGUGUAUCGCAGAGCUUUCAGGACGAUUUACAUUUAAUAAGGACUCAAUGAAAUGGGCAUACAGUAUUUCAGGAUAAUGAACUCUUGUCAAAAAAGGUCUCCAACUCAUUCUCUAUUGGCUUUAUAAAAAGAAACAAAAAAAAUACUUUUUAAAGGAAGACUUUCACUUUAGAGCUGCAACUAAUGAUAUGUGUCAUUCAUCAUUUGGUCGAUACCUUCUGAGAGAAUAAUAAAACUGCAUGUUAUAAUUUACAACAGCCUGAGAGCAGGUCCAAAACUCAAAUAAUGUUUAGUUAUGUUAUUCGAUAUGAUUAAAUAAAGAUAACAAUCCUUUCCAUAUGUAAAAUCACUGUAACUUACUUGAAUAAUUACUAAAUGGUCUAAUUGACAAUAGGCUGCAACUAAAGAUUGUUUUAAUUACUGAAGUCUGGCAAUUAUUUGAUCAAUUUAUUAAUACAUGAUCUGCUCUUUGAAGUGUUACAAAAUAGUUUAAAAUGCUUUAAACUAUUUGGGGAGAGUUUAAAAUGACCUUUAUUGUACAACCAAUAUUUUAAAGAUAUUCAAGUGAUUUUAUGGGAGACAAAGAAAAGCAGAAGAUCCUCAUUUUUUAGGCUGAAACUUAGGAGUUGUUUUGCAAACAUCGACACAUUGAUUAACCAAAUCCAGUUAGCUGGACAAAUAGAUACAUUGACUGUCAUUUCAGCUCAGUGAUUUCAUCAGGCCCAAAUUGUUAAUAACUGAUGAGAUAAAUGAUCUGUAAUCCAGAUAGGUCUAGACAAAGCAGCUGUGGGUGCCAGACUGAAUAUGAGCGGCAGCAUGUGAAGAGCAGGUGGACAGACGGUAGGUCGGAAGAAGGUGUCGGUCCCAAUCUUGCAUCUGCAAUGGCAGCUGCUGAGCCUGUAUGUAAUAUGAAAUGUCCUCGCUGAAACAGGAGAUGCCGUUAAUCGUUAGGAGUUGGCCAUAAGCCAGACAUGAGACUUGGGGUCUUGCCAUCAUAUUAGCCGCUUUCACACAAAGUACUUUGCCGUACUUAGUUCCCAGCACUUAGUUCCCUCAUGGAACUAAAGAGCAG